AAAUAACCCAAUCGCCAUUAUAUGAUCCAGAUUCAAGCGUCGCUGCUGCCCUCCAUGUGGGUGAGGGACCUGUGCGUGUCGGGCUAUGGCGAGAAAAACAGUUAGCAGGAAAAGGAAAGCCGGGGAGCUCAAGGAACAACAGUUCGACUGGUGUCAGUCUGGGAGUAAGCGUUCCCGUGUGUCCAGCUCGGCGCGUCAUGCGCAGCACUGGUGCCAGAAUGGCCGGUCAGUGGUGUGUUCUCUAAGAGGGAGGGAGUUUCGCCCUCAGCUGCAGCACGAGUGGAGCUUCCAGCGGAGCAUGCGCGGGUUCGCCGCCGGACGCAUCCCAGCAAUCCUUAAAGAGAGGGAGUUCUCCCUCGGCCGCCUCAACAAAGUGUUUGCUUCCCAAUGGCUCAACCAGAGACAGGUGGUGUGUGGGACCAAAUGCAACACGCUGUUCGUGGCGGAUGUCCUCUCUGGCCAGAUCACCAGGAUUCCCAUGCUGAAGGACAGAGAGGGCAGGGGAGAGGUCUCGCAGGCUUUGAGUGGAGUGGGAAGCCCUUUCCAAUUCAACACUACGGGAUCGGUAGGCGGACUGGAUGCCCAGCAGGGAUGCGGCAUCCACGCUAUAGAGCUGAACCCAUCUCACACAUUGCUCGCCACCGGCGGAGACAACCCUAACAGCCUGGCAGUGUACCAGCUUCCCACACUUGACCCUGUCUGCGUCGGGGAUGAUGGGCACAAUGACUGGAUAUUCUCCAUUGCAUGGAUCAGCGAUACCAUGGCAGUCUCGGGAUCUCGUGAUGGUUCCAUGGGCUUGUGGGAGAUAUCUGAGGAGGUGCUGACUCAUGCGGAAAAGUGUCAGAACGUGGAAGGUGUUCCCUCUUAUUCUCACAUCUCUCACCGCGCCCUCGAGGACAUCCCCAAAGAGUAUACCCACCCCUACAACUGCAAAGUGCGUGCACUUGCCUUCAACAACAAUCAUAAGGAGCUUGGUGCUGUUUCGUUAGAUGGGUAUUUUCAUCUGUGGAAGGCACAAGACAACCUAUCUAAGGAGCAUUCCAUCAAACUCCCUUACUGUAAGGAAAACGUCUGUUUGGCUUAUGGUAUGGACUGGUCUGUGUAUGCAGUGGGCUCUCAGGCGCAUGUUUCAUUCCUAGACCCCCGGCAAUCGUCUCAAAACAUCAAAUCCGUGAGCUCCAGGGAGCGUGGCAGUGGUAUCCGCUCUGUGAGCUUCUAUGAGCAUAUAGUGACGGUGGGCACUGGUCAGGGUUCACUGCUCUUCUAUGACAUCAGAGCCCAGCGUUUUCUAGAUGGCCAAUCCAGUACAGCCGGCGGGAACCGGAAUCGCACUGCAGAGGGCAUCUUGAAGCUCACCACGGGGAGAGGCUGGCUGAAUCACGACGAUACAUGGAGAAGCUACUUUUCAGAUGUCAGCUCCUUUCCGAACGCCGUGUACACACACUGCUAUGACGACUCCGGCACCAAACUCUUCGUAGCCGGCGGCCCCCUGUGUUCCGGUCUACACGGAAACUACGCCGGCCUCUGGAGCUAGCCUCCAUCAUCCCUCCAGUUCUCUCUCACAUACACGUGCUUGUAGGCCAUCCUAAAUUCUCUCCUCAUUCUUAGUGGGGUUUUUUCUUCCUGCCAUCCAAGAUUGUUCUCUUUUUCACAAAAGGCUCAGGAGCAAAGAUGUUAUUUUUUUUCUGUGUGUUCUUAUGUCGCUGAAUAUUCUGUAAUUUGCCUGUUGUACUCUGAAAUUCAUCUGUUUUUUUGUGUGGGCGAAAAAGGAAAACGGCAUAAGAUUUAACCAACAACGUGUUAACAGAUCUCCGAAGAGUUCAUUCUCUCCUGAAUGAAUGAAGGAGAAAUAUAUAAAAUAUUAAAUAGCCUCUCUGAGCAUUGCGUUAAUGCUUUUUGUUUCUCUUGGUUUUCUUUUCUUUUAAAAGAUUUGCCGUGUCAGAAAUGUGGCAUGUUUGUUUUGCUGUGCGUUUUGUUCUACCCAUCAGACCAAUUUCUUGGGUUGCUGUGGACUGAAAGGACAUUGUGGACACUGAAAAGACUGAGAAGAGGGAUUUGGAGAUGAUUCUUGGUGAAAUGAAUGGACACCCUGACCUUUAUCCUCACUUAAUGGACACAGAGAAUGACUGGAGGUCUAGAAUGCAGAUACAUAAAGACUACGAAGAAUUAGACAGUUGUCAAUGAAGACUUCUUUUUGCCCCUUCAUAUUUCCAAAGUAACGGCAGGGAGAAACAACUGUAGGAAAUACUCUUUGUGUUCUGUUUGAGGUAUCUUUAAGGAUGUCUCUCCUAUUUGCUGAUUAUAUACUUACACCCACACACGCAUCAAGAUGUUUUCAAAAAUCUUCUUCAAUGACGUUACACUUCGUAUUUAUUUUGUGAUGUGCCGUCACUCAUUCAGUUCCGGUAGUCAUAUUUGUUGUAACUGUUGCUUCUCUGCUUAAAGGCAGGGCAGUGUUGUGUGACGUUGCCUUUUCAAGGUCUUUCUGUGAAAGACUUGCAGAUUGAAUUUGUUUUGGGUCUUUUUUACAUCAAGUUCUUAAUAGAAUCAACACACUCGCUAGAACAUUAAACACAGUAACUUGCAUAUAUUAGGUAAAAAUUAAUCAUCACUUUUAAAAUGUAUUUUAUAUAUAAAUGUAUAUGUAUACGAAAUUGGAAUCUAAUGGAAGAAUACAUUUUAUGUAAAUGUCAGAGGAUGUUUGUGCGUGUGAGUGAACUAAUCUGUCAUUAUUUUGGUGGUGCCCUUUUUAUACUCACUUCAUAAUUGUUUUUGAAGAUUACAAGUGUAAAUAUAUUGUAUAAUAUAAAAACAAGCAAAAGAAACCAAGAAAACAACAAGACAUUCUUCAAAAAUAAAAGUUUAUUGAUGUAUUUUCUUGCA